AUGCAGAGAGUAGAAUUUCCCAAUGAAGACGAUACCCUCUUAUCGUUUCAAGACUUUCAGAAACAAAUGAAAGUACCCUUUAUCAUUUUUGCCGAUUCUGAAACGUUUGUAGAGCAAAUGGAUUCAUGCGAACCAAACCCUGACCAUUCGAGCACGACUAAGACUACAAAAUUCGAACCCUGUGGGUUUGGAUACCAAGUCGUAUGCAUGGAAGACAGAUAUACGAAACCACCUGUCAUUUUCAGGGGGAGUGACGUUAGUAAACAUUUUCUGGAAUGUAUCAUAGAGGAAGAAAAACAAAUCAAAGAUAUCUUACAUCACCCAGAACCGCUCAUCAUGACUCUUCAGGAUGAGCAGUCUUUUGUGACAAGUAGCCGAUGUCACAUAUGUGGUAAACACUUUACGGACAGCAGUACCGUGGUGCGAGAUCACUGCCAUUUGAGUGGCAAAUUUCGCGGCGCUGCCCAUACCGAGUGUAAUUUGAAGUACAAAUAUCCUAGUCACAUACCGUGUGUUUUUCACAACUUAAAACAGUUCGAUGCGCACAUUCUAACGGAAAGCAAAGGAAUAUUCAAAGAUCGUGAACUCAAUUGCAUUCCAAACACUACGGAAAAAUACAUUUCGUUUAGUCUAGGUGACAUUAGAUUCAUAGAUUCGUUUCAGUUCAUGUCUCAGAGCCUAGAGACUCUGACAGAAAAUCUUGCCAAAGAGGGUGUGGUAAAAUUCAAUAAUUUCUCUAGAGAGUUUACCGAAUCAGAAGCCAAGUUGCUUCUCAGAAAAGGUGUAUAUCCCUACGAGUACGUAGACAACCCGAAUCGGUUUUUCGAACAAAAGCUCCCCCCAAAAGAGAAAUUCUAUAGUUCGUUGAGUAGAUCACACGUGUCAGAUGCCGAUUAUACACAUGCACAGAACGUGUGGGAGAAACUGAACAUUUCAAACCUUGGUCAGUAUCACGACCUCUAUCUCAAGACGGAUGUGUUACUAUUGGCCGAUGUCUUUGAGAACUUCAGAAACAUGUGCCUGGAAUAUUACGGGUUAGAUGCAGCUCACUUCUAUACCAGUCCAGGUCUGGCUUGGAGUGCAGCCUUGAACAUGACGGAAGUGAGGUUAGAACUCAUCAGAGGUCCAGACAUGUAUCUCUUUUUCGAAAACGGGAUACGAGGUGGCGUUAGUAUGAUCUCUAACAAGUACGCUCUAGCUAACAAUCCUUACAUUCCAGAAACGUGGGACCUAUCCCAACCACAUUCGUAUAUCAUGUAUACGGAUUGUAAUAACUUGUACGGAAAGGCCAUGUCGGAAUCGCUACCCGUGGAAGAGUUUCAAUGGGUUGAAAGCCCACAAUCAUUUGACAUAGCCAAAAUCGCCAAAGACGGAGACUUGGGAUACGUGUUGGAGGUAGAUCUGGAAUACCCAGACGAACUUCACGUCAGUCAUUCCGAUUACCCCCUCGCUCCGGAGCGAAAAAAAAUCCCCGACAUAGACUUGUCACCGACCAGUAAACAACUGUGGGAAACGUUACAUCCUAACCCCAAACACACCGAUGACAAAUUACAAGGGCACGUACCGACAGCAAAACUGAUUCCAACAUUAGAACGCAAGACGAAGUACAUCUGUCAUUAUAGAAAUCUACAGUUGUAUUCGGAAUUGGGUCUAAAAGUCGCCAAAAUCCACAGAAUCCUAGAAUUUAAACAAAAACCGUGGUUACGUCCAUACAUACAAUUCAACACGUCCAAAAGAGCGUCGUGUAAGAACGAGUUCGAGAAAGAUUUCUUUAAACUCAUGAAUAAUGCCGUGUUCGGUAAGACGAUGGAGAACGUACGAUCUAGAGUCGAUAUAAAGCUGGCACACACGGACAAAAAGUUCGAAAAGUACGUGGCAAGACCUUCUUUUCAACGGUUCACCAUCUUUAACGAGGACUUGGUAGCCAUUCAAAACGAUAAAAUCAAACUAGUAUUAAACAAACCCGUGUAUGUAGGGCAGACCAUUCUAGAUCUAUCGAAAUGUAUCAUGUACGAGUUUUAUUACAAGUACCUAAAACCGAGAUAUGGAGAUGGAAUAAAGCUACUCAUGACGGACACGGACAGUCUAUUGUACCACGUCCAAUGUCCAGACGUCUAUGAUGACAUGUAUCGGGACAGACACCUGUUUGACCUGUCCAAUUAUCCAAUCGACCAUCGUUGUCACGAUACAAAGAACAAAAAAAUACCCGGAUAUUUUAAAGACGAAACGGGAAGCGAACCCAUUGCAGAGUUUGUAGGACUCCGCGCUAAAAUGUACUCUUACGUCUAUGCCGUACAAUCACGGUUAGAAACCGACAAUCCUACCGUUCUACGAAACGAUAUGAAAGAAAAACAGGUAGCUAAAGGCAUUGCAAUGACGACCAUCAGACGGGACCUAAGACAUGAAAUAGGAUAUCGAAUGGAUGAGGUUCUACCUCAUCUCGCCAUACCUCCAACAACAGAUGAAGCAGAUGUAGAGGAUGAAGAUUCAUUUGAGGAAUCUAGAGAGGAACUGGAGAGCACCUUCACAUCCUCUUGUACAUCUGUCUCCUCUAGCAGACCACUAGUUGAGGUGGAGGUGGAAGUGGAGAUGGAGCAGUCAUCGAGAAGAAGCCCGUACACUCCAAGGAAUCGCGUGUGUUAG